ACUCCCAAACCCGCGAGGAGCCUCGGCUCGAGCUAAACCAGCUGAUUUAACUUAAGCUUAAUUGAACGGAACUAAAUUAAAUUAAACCGGGGUCUGUUCCCGCCGUGGCUCGGGCGUUUCUCCUCGCGAGAGGUCGCCCCCGGCAACGCCGCGGCCAUGGCGGAGGAGGCGGCCGGCUCUGAGGCGGCGUUCUGCCUGCAGAACAUUACCAUAACAGAUGACUCUAAAGAUGAUUAUCAGUGUGAAGAGGUUUCUGCAGAUGAAUUUAGUCUUCAGGAGGAGGAUGAGGAUCUGUCCACGGCUUUACAGGCUAUUCAAGAGCAGGCUGAAGAUGCUCAAAUUUUAACUUCGCAAUCAGUUCUGACUUCUGAGAAAUCAGUGUGUGAAAUACCUGAAGCAAUGGAUGAUUUCUUCUGCAAUUUCCUGGUCAGAUUGGGAAUGUCCAGAACCCUUGACUGCUUCCAAACUGAAUGGUAUGAACUGAUAGAGAGAGGUGUGCUCACAGUCAAAGAUGCUGGGUUGGUUCCAACUGUGUACAGCCACAACCAGCAACUGCAGGCUGAGAAUAUCAGUUUGAAGAAAGAUUUGGAAAACUACAAACUUGCUGCCAGCAAAACAAAAGAGGCUCUCUUAAAAAUGCAGAAAGAACGAGACUUCCAUCGAAUGCACCAUAAACGAGUGGUCCAGGAGAAAAACAGGCUGAUUUGUGAUAUGAAAAGGCUGAAGGCACAUUAUGCAUCCUAUGAGCCAGUCCUGAAGCAGCUGUCUGAAAAAUACGAGACUACACUGAAGCAGAAAAUGUUAACGAGUUUGGAGAGAGACAAAGCAGUGGGGCAGGUUACAGGUUUGCAGGCUGUCUUAGAAAAUUUGGAGUCCGGAUGUGUUAAGCAGAUUGCUGAGGCAAAAGUCCAUGAUUGUACAAGGAAGAAAGAGUUUGAAGGUCCCACCCAGAAAGCUCUUCGGGAAGCCAGGCAGCAAAAAAUCAUUGUUGCUGCAAGUUCUUCAGAUGAUCCAGCCAAAGAUGCAGAGAAGAAGAUGGGCAAGAGAGAUCUGAAGGAUUCAGAGUUCCCUGUUGAUGCUGAAGUGAACACAUACCUUGAGUCUGCUAAAGAACAUGCUCAACCCCUGAAAUCUGAGGAGUAUCAACUGAGCAGCAUUCUGAAGGUGCACGACUUGGCAGUGAGCUGCUUGGCCUUACAUCCCCGAAAAGACAUCGUAGUGACUGGCAGCGAUGACCACCUGUGGAAGAUGUGGGCGCUGCCCGACGGGAACAUCCUCAUGACGGGGGAAGGUCACACCGACUGGCUCUCGGGCUGCUGCUUCCGGCCCAGCGGCACCCAGCUGGUGACAUCGAGCGGGGACACCACGGUGCGGAUCUGGGACCUCUCCCGGCGCGGGUGCAUCCUGACCCUGAGGGGACACGCCCGCGCUGUCCACGACUGCUCCUGGCAUUCCCAGGGGGACUUUGUGGCCUCUGCCUCCAUGGACAGCACGAGUAAAAUCUGGGACGUCAACAGUGAGAGAUGCAGAUACACCUUGCGUGGCCAUAAAGAUUCCGUCAACAGCAUCGAGUUCCUUCCCUUCUCCAGCACUGUCCUCACGAGCUCUGCUGACAAGACUUUGUCUCUCUGGGAUUCCAGAACGGGUCUCCGUGUUUACACAUUCCAUGGUCACCUGCACCCCUGCAACCAUGCUACAUUCAACACCAAGGGGGACACAAUCGCUUCCUGUGACUCCUCCGGCGUGCUGAAGCUGUGGGACAUGCGCAAGCUGGUGCCCAUGCUGUCCAUCGACGCGGGCCCACAUCCUGCCAACCAGGUCGCCUUCGAUCCCUCGGGUGGCGUGGUGGCCCUGGGCAGCAGCGACGGCUCGGUGCGGGUGCUGCGGCGGGACGCGGGGCAGCUGUGGGCGCUGCGGGGCCCGGGCGGUGCCGUGCGCUGCCUGCGCUUCCACGGCCCGCGGCGCCUCCUGUCCGCGGGCGCCGACGGCAGGCUCUGCCUCUGGACCUGAGCACCGCCCCCGCCCGGCGCCGCGGGACCAGCCUGGGGCAU